CCACUGUCCAUGCAGGCAGCAGCCACGUCACCCGCUUUCCGAGGAGUCGGUCGGUGGGACUAAGCGGAGUCGGGCUUCUGCUUCUAGCUGCUAACCCUCCACGCGUAUCCACGGGGCAUCUCGCUUCACCCACCCUGCCCCUGUGCAGCAAACUUCUCGCGUGGGGCAUCGCAGAACGGGAUAGUUAGAUUCCUACCAUCCGAUUAUUACUCUAAACGAGUAAACCAGAUUAACGUAAAGGUAGUUUGGUGAUGAUCGGUCAGAGUAUCAUCGUUUAAAUUCUUUUUAAAAAGUUUCUUUUAUUUUAUAAACCGAUCACGGAACUUUUACGAAUUAAAAACUAAUAACUAGCGUUUCAGCAGGGAAUUGAUACUUUAGACCGGAUUGUGUUCUUAUAGGAAAAUAAGGGAAAAUGAAUAUUUUUAGAAUACUAGGGGAUCUAUCCCAUUUAUUGGCAAUGCUGAUUCUGCUGAUGAAGAUGUGGAAGACAAAGUCCUGUGCUGGUAUUUCUGGGAAAAGUCAGCUACUGUUUGCACUGGUAUUUACCACACGGUACCUGGAUUUAUUCACCUCAUUUAUAUCCAUCUACAACACUGUAAUGAAGAUCAUCUUUUUGCUUUGUGCAUAUGUCACAGUUUACUUGAUCUACAUGAAGCUACGCAAAACAUACGACAGUGAGAAUGACACAUUCCGGUUAGAAUUUCUCCUGGUGCCUGUUAUUGGAUUGUCCUUUUUGGAGAAUUAUGAUUUCACUCCUCUAGAGAUUAUGUGGACUUUCUCAAUCUAUCUGGAGUCCGUGGCCAUCCUGCCUCAACUGUUCAUGAUCAGCAAGACGGGAGAAGCAGAAACUAUCACUACUCACUACCUCUUCUUUCUGGGGCUUUAUCGCAUGCUUUACUUGGCAAACUGGAUUUGGCGUUAUCACACAGAGAAAUUCUACGACCAGAUUGCGGUUGUGUCUGGAGUCGUGCAGACCAUCUUCUACUUUGAUUUUUUCUACCUCUAUAUCACCAAAGUCCUUCGAGGCAAAAAGCUGAGUCUUCCAAUGCCAGUGUGAAGUGGACAAGGACUUUGGUUCCCUGUAUCCAUACUUAACCUUCCAUCCUACGGACUUUAAACGUGGGAGCGGUUUUACUACUAUUAACGAAACGUUAAUAUCCCUUCCUUGCUGGGUCUGUGCUUGGCUUCCGAGGGUAAAGCAGUUAUACGUCUAAUAUUUGUAACUUUUUUGCAGGUUAAUAAAAUGUUUGGGAUAUAAGCUUUGAAAUAUAAAA